AUGAUGCCCCUGCUCUCCGUGGCAGUUCUUCUGUGUGGCACAGCAUCGAUGUUCACGGGCGAUGCCUUGCGAUUUGCGUGGUAUGGCUUCGGUCUGUGUUUGGCAUCAAUCAUGUUCUGGCACAACGCCAUCCAGAUCAAGGAGAACAGUGAGGGUGAGGAGUCGCUCUUCUCAGGCGACUCUGACUUCCGCAAGCUCUCCAUUUGCUUGAUCGUCACGUGGUUUCCCUUCCCACUGUGGUUCAGCUUGAGCGUGGAGGGCUUUGGUGUGGUCACCGAUGGCUUCAUCAUUGAGAUGGGCUGGGUGGUCCUGAACAUCGUGUCAAAGUUCCCGGGGUUUGUGUUCAUUAUCUGGCUGCAGCGUAUGAAGAUGGUGCACCAGCGAAAGAUCGAAUCUACGCGCGAGCUCUACGGCUUGUCGCCCUCGGAUGAAUCUAACGAGGAGGACCUCAAGAAGAGGGCGCUCGCUACCGCUACAGCUGGCGGCGUUAAAGCGGAGAACUAUGGCCUUGGCCAAGGAGAGGAGGCCGAAAGUGAGCUGAAGCUGGCAGAGCUUGUGGCUGAAACCAUGGUGACCCUGGGUAUGAGCAGCCACACGGACCGCAUGCUGAGGCUGAUGGUGGACAAUGGUGUCACGAACACCGCCGUUCUCGAGAGAUUGAAUGCGGAGCGCUGCUUCGAGUUGAACCUCCCCUGGGCGCUGAUUGAUGCUACCCAGCGCCGCUGGACGGCCGAGAAGAUGAACAUGGGUCAGGACCAGGGUGGAUCCAUCGAGAAGGAGGACCCCUUCAAGAAGCUUCUGGAUGCGAACAAGGAGCGAAUGACGGGCAAGAACCUCAUCAACGCAGCUUGGGCUUAUUUGCAGAAGUCCCCUGGCAUGAUGAUGGACAUCGGGGCGAUGGAAGACCAGCUCUUUGCAGUGAUGAAUCGAGCGCUGGUGCCGCUCCAGGAUAUGAUCAUGUCACGUAUGCAGGCGAUGGAGGACAACUUGCAACGCCAGCUCGAGAGUACUCAGGAAGCCAUCUCCCAACGCAUGGACUUCUCCCAGAUUUCGCUUCUGCAGACCGUCAAUGCUUGCCAGGUGUUGCUGCAAAAGCUCGACUCUUCCCAGGAGAGCGUCAUGCAGAAAAUGGACUCGCAGAAGGCAGUUGUGGACCAAAUGGUCAACUCCUAUUCUGGCCUCGUGAAAAACAUCGACGGCGCCAGCGAUAGCACCAAGCAGGCUCUGCUGGACACCGUGAACACCUCGUCGUCCGCUUUGCUGCAGAAAUUGGAUGCAUCUCAACAGGACUUGCUGAAGCAGACCCAUGACUCCCACAAUGUGCUCCAGACAGUGGCACAGGCUCAAACCAGCUUGGCAAAGAAGGUGGAUACUGGCAACGAAUUCACACAGAGGCGUCUGGUUGAGAUGGAGAGCAGCAUUGAGCGCAAGGUGGAUGCGGUCAGCGGUGCUCUGACAGAAGCCCAGAGUGUGAACUCCGAGAAGGUCAUGCAGGCCACGCGUUCCGACCUGGCCACGCUUGCCACUCAAGGCAAUGCCAUGCUGGAUGCAACAGAAAAGUCAGCUGCGGCGCAGGAGCAGCGCAUGGCGGACGUCCGCCGCCAGAACCUCAUGAUUCUGGACCUACUCACCAACGCCCAGCAAUCAAUGAGCACCAGCGCCGAAAACCUGGAGAGCUUUACGCGCUCUGAGAUCAUGCGUGAUUCCCAUGCCAACAUGGAGAUGCAGAUCCGUGACGUCAUCAUGCAGCAGAUGACGAAACUCCAGGAGGCCUUCCUUGGCGGUGGCGAGGAAGAAGAGAGCAAAGGCCACUCCUUCAAGGAUGCAGUCACUAACAUGGUGACGCGUCUGGAGGAGAGCGCAGCUCGCUUGGAGCUAGCAUCUACACCAGCCGAAAAGGGCCAGGACCAGGCAGACAUCGUGGAGAGCAUGCGCCAGGAGCUGGCAGCUUUGGCUAUGGCUUUGUCGCAGCAGCAGCGAGAUGCCUCCAUGGAAAGCAUCGCACAAGUCAGUGAGGCCCUGCGCGCUGAGCUGCUGCCGCUCAAGGACACCCAGAUGCAAGCAACUGGCACCCUGACGGAGAAGGUGGCUGAGCUUCAAGACUCCAUGGUGCAGAACAUGACCAAGUUUGAGACUGGCAUGGACAAAGUGAUGCAGACAGUAGAGGCGGCAACCACCAAGCCGUCCGGCCAGGAGAAGCGCGGCGGUCGCGCAUCCGACCGGGGCUAG